AUGGAGUUGACUCGAGUUUGGAUCGAAAAGCUUUCCUUUGACAGGAUCUUUAUUCUUUUUACAGAUUUUCAAAAUCCGCUGCAAGUCCCUCGACCAACAGUCCGAAGUCAUUUGACCAUCAAAGUGCAGUCCAAGCUGAUGCCAAAGCCUUGUCCCACUGUGGAUGGGUCAAAACCUCCUGUCGCCCCCAAGCCCAAAACUUUUUAUGCAUUCGUACCACAGGAGGAGCAAUGGUCCAAACAGAGCCUCACCAAUGGAGACCUGCGUCACUCUAAUGGGGAAACAGGGCUUAGUAAGAACACUGAUACAAACGAGGAAAAUGAGAUAAAAACUGGGACGGAUAAGGAGAUCAAUGAUGUAAUACAAGUAGAAGUUGCAGUCAAUGCAGACAGCGUGGAAAUAUUUAAUAAGAAUAGUGAUUAUGAUGUUGAAAGCAUUGGCUCUGAAGACACGGCGACAGCAGAUAAUGGUUUGAUUGCAGACACCGCUGACAAUGAGGAUCCUGAAAAUGACUCAAAUAUACCUUACGAGAACCGAAACAAAGAUGGAUGUGUUCUUAUGUCUCCCACAAAUGAAAAUGAAGAGGAGGAAAGCAACAAACAAGAGUUGAGGGGAAAGAAUGACAAACACUUAAAUGAACACGAGGUAGAACGAACAUUUGAUCAAAUGUAUUCACUGAGUCUGGGGGAGACAAACUGUAUUGAAUUUAACUUACCCUCAGAUAACAAUGAGCUCGAGAUUGGAAGAUUUGUGUUUGGAUUUCGCACACUCCCAACGGUCACUGAGGAGUAUCCCUAUGACGUGAUUGGCCCUACAGAUGACACCAGUGACACAUGUGAGUCUUGUGAUCGAGCUGAAAGUGGCGAGGCUGAAGUAUGGCAACCAGAACGAGCCACCAAAGAUGUGUCUGGCUGCUUCCGGUUUACCUCCAGCACUGAAGAUGUGUUUGGCCCGUAUUCUGUCAUUGAAUCUCUUCCACCAAAUAAAACUUGCACUGCUGACCCAGAGUGGGGUGAUGAUGACACUGAGGAAAAUCAGUCAAAUGAUCAGCAAGAAACAGCUGCUUCAAACCCUGAGCCUUUCUAUGUCUCAUCAGAUGAUGUAGACAAACUCGAAGAUAAACAAACAUGCACAGAUCAGGCAGAGGUGGAGGAACAGUGGGAUCAGCACAACGAAAAAGCAAAGGACACUGAGUCAGCAGAUGAGUAUGCAGACAUUGAUGAUUCGUCAUGUCCAAAAGCCGAUGACUUUGAGCAGUUAGAAUGUGUCUCAUCAGAAGAUUAUGUGGAAAUAGGCGAUGAAGAUGAAGAGGAACAGCCAGAAAAGAAACAAGUUAAAGGAAAAACUGUAAAAGAGAGAACAGCUCAACGAGAGCAGGCUCUGCUAAGUCAAAGAAGAAGCUGUCAGCCUCGCCUUAGGUUAUGCAACAUUACUGUGCCAAAAGACCUAGACCUGGGUCGCACGCCGGAGCUAACCAAUAGGGUGGUAUUCGCCCACACCACCGAGGCGUUUGAAGAAGACAUCGAGGAACUUGAUUGCCAUAUUGUGCCUUUCUACGAGGACACGGAUUCAGACAGUGACGAGCAUAUUUAUGAAGAAGCUGGCUUUGACUCUGAGGGGGAGAACUUUUUGAACCUAGAUAGGAAGACAAUUGUGACACGUUCUCGCUCUUAUUCUGGAAAAGUUCCAGGUUAUGUUCCAGAAACUGUGCCAGAAGAGACAGGCACCGAGUACCAAACGCACGACUACUACACAGUGUCCUUGGAUCAGAACAGUGAACCCAUAAUACAUUCCGAAACGCCUCGGGACAACUGCCUUGCCCCAUCAACAAAAUCUCGCCGCUUCCUUUUGUAUUCCCGUUCUGCAGGGAGUACUGAAAUGUCCUUGGCUGACCAACCCUUAAAUGAUGACAUUAAGAUCAAGAGGAAAGAUGACACUCUUUCGCUUCCAUGUGUCAUGACCUCUUCUGGAAGUUUCUCCCAACGUAGCCACCAGUCAUCUAGUGGUGUUUCUACCCCAACCUCUCUAGUAGACAUACCUCCACCCUUUGAACUAGCUUACAUCACCAAGAGACCAGUAACAAAGAGCUCCCCUUCCGUCUUGAUCCAACAUGAUCCCGAUGACAAAUUCAAGAAGAAGAAAAUUUCCUUUAAACGUUUUCUAGCUCUCAAGUUCAAGAGAAAGACAGACUCAAAAGGUUUUAGUGAUGGUUCUGUCCGCUCUUCUCGGUCUUCUUCUGAGUCCAGUCAUCAUGGCCCUUCAAGAGUCAUUGAUCAUGACCGGAGAAGUACCUCAAGCUCUCCUCGCAUAGUAAACCCCCAGCAGUGUUCUUCAGAUGUGCCAUCAACAUUUGUCCUCUAUAAAGAUCAUCAGAGAAGGAAAGGUACCAUCAAAGCUUAUGGCAGAGGUGUUUCCAGAGUUGAAUCUUUUGAGGAACGGUCUCAUCGCUCUGCCAUGCCACUGCCUUUAACAAAACCCCGCUCAAUCUCCUUCCCCAGUGCAGACACUUCUGAUUAUGAAAAUAUUCCUGCUAUGAGUUCAGACUAUGAGAACAUCCAAAUUCCAGGCAGACCUGUCCGAUCGCACACUGUAACGGAGUUUUUUGAGGAUCCAAAUCGCAUGACUGCUCCCUGCAAUGAGAAUGAUGGAUAUGUCGACAUGAAUAGUUUCCCCGGGAUAGACAACAAACCUGUGAAAGCAGACGCUGAAAGUGCCUAUACAGAGCCUUUCCCACUGAGCUCAGUCUCAGCUGGGUCAACUGAGGAGGACCAUGGACGUACCUCAGAAGAGGAAGAUGGUAUUACGGAGCAAAGCUAUGAUCGACAAACUGACGGCCGUUCUCGAGCAUUCUAUGUCGCGAAGGAGAUUCUGGAUUCAGAAAGACUACAUGUCAGUGCCCUCCAGUACCUUCAAGAGGACUUCAGGCCAGCAGUGGCUGAGGCUGUGGACGAGGAUGGGGAUCCAGUUCUGGAGGACCAGAGAUUGGAGGAAAUAUUGGGUGUUCUUCCUCAGGUCUUAAAUCUCCACAGCAGAAUUCUCACUGAGCUGGAAGAGCGCAUUGAUCACUGGGAGGAAGGCCAGAGAGUGGUGGACGUGCUCUUGUCACAUCGUGAUGACUUCAAGGUGUUUGAUACCUUCAUCUCUGAGUAUGAUCGCAGCAUGGCUCUAUUGGAUGAGAGCUGCAAGGUCAAUCCAACCUUUGCAAGCAUAGUCAAGAAAUUUGAGAGGAAAAGUCCAGAAGCUACUGAAGUCCCACUGAAACACCAGCUGCUGCAGGUCAUAGUGAGAGUACUGCAAUAUCGCAUGUUGCUCACAGAUUACCUAAACAACCUGUCACCUGAUUCUAAAGAAUAUGAGGACACACAAGCUGCCUUGGUGAUUGUAUCAGAGGUGGCAGACCAGGCCAAUGACAAUCUUAAACAGGGGGAGAACUUGCUGCGUAUGGUCCACAUAGAAUACAGCAUGAAAGGCAAGAAGGACCUCCUGAAGCCUGGCAGGAUGUUUGUCAAAGAGGGAACUCUCAUGAAGGUAUCAAGGAAAAGCAGACAGCCCAGACACCUUUUUCUGAUGAAUGAUAUAAUGCUAUACACCUACCCGCAGCAGGAUGGGAAAUAUAGGCUUAAGAACACACUGUCCCUGUCUGGAAUGAAGGUGAGCAAACCAGUUCUCGACAAUGUGCUGAACUGCCUGAAGAUCGAGGUGUCUGACAUCACCAUUACACUCUCCGCUAGCUCAGUUGGAGAAAGGGAGGACUGGUUCCACACAUUGAGCCGAGCCAUUGCGGACCACGCUGCAGGACUCUGUACAUUUGGCGGACCAUGUAAUGAGGCCCGCGAGAAACUUUGGAUGGCCUUGGGUGAAGCUGCUCCAGUUAUGGUCCCAGUGGCUCAUGUAAUGAUGUGUAUGAACUGCACCUCUGACUUCAGCCUCACUCUUAGACGACACCACUGUAAUGCCUGUGGCAAGGUUGUGUGCCGAGCUUGUUCCAGGAAUAGAUAUCCACUCAAGUACCUCAAGGACAGGGUGGCCAAAGUGUGUGACCACUGCUAUUCCGAGCUCAGGAAAAGAGGCGGCAGUGUGUCAGGAGCAUGUGGUAACACAAGUCCACCAACUCAUCGGGCCAGUCGCCCUCUCUCCGCAGUUUUCCAAAGCUUACAGACACCGAGCCUAUGGAAGAGCAGGAAGAGCACAUCCUCACUGAAUCAGUUGCCUCUUGAGGUGGAGGGCUCCACCAUGAGCGGCAUGUUACAGCGGCGAAAGAAGAGCAAGAGGAAAUGGAAGCGGCUGUGGUUCCUCCUCAAAGACAAGGUGCUCUACACCUUCACAGCUUGUGAGGAUAAAGUGGCUUCUGAGAGUCUACCUCUACAAGGCUUCACCGUCAAACUGACUGAGUACCCUGAGGGAGAUGAGAGUAGCAACGUGUUCCAUCUCUACCACAAGAAAACACUGUACUACACCUUCAGGGCUGAUGAUCAUCACACAGCACGCAGAUGGGUCAACGCAAUUGAGGAGGCUACAGUUUUAUAG